CAUUGAAAACAAACUGGUUUCCGGUCAAAUUGAGUCACGCAGUCCAAAACAAACUAGUUGGCGAUCACAUGUCAAUUUAGCCUGAUAAAGAUUGGUAUUCAAGGUUUUCGUCUCGUGUAGGCAGAGUUGAAACUACCGAUGUACACCCAAUAUCCUGAGUUUCACAACAGCUGUAGAAAUGGAGGAAACCACGUUUAUUUACAAUUUUAUUCCGAGUCGAACGGUGGAUGAAGUGAUCGACUUGAUGCGAUCUAGUUUUACACCUGAACAUAUGUCAACAGAGGAAGUCGUGGCUUUACUUCUGUCCAUCUCUGAAGUGCCGUUGGCUCGUUGUAUGGGUUCUCUGCAAAAAACGUUACUGGCGGAGAUAACCAAGCUGUCAAAGUCAGGUCGCCGACGUUAUUCUUACGGUGAAAGGUCCAGUACCGAGAACGGAGAGAGCAGAGUAGUUCAGUUAGCUGCAGAAGAAAAUGAAUAUGUCAGUUACGACAACGAUGGCACAGACACAGGUCACAUGUAGACCACAGCGAUACCAAAGCAGACCCAGAUCCACCAUACUGAGGCAGUGGAUCAAGCCUCCACCACACAUGCAGUCUGUUCAGGACAGCAGGAUGAUGCUGAUGCACCUACUGUCCACACGGGAGAGAAGCCUUACUCCUGCUCCGACUGCAACAAGACCUUCCACAGACAGGAAUCUGACAAACUACUACACCAAGGGGGGUGGGGCUCCGCCUGCCCGCGCACCUUCUUCCGUUCCGACGGAUGCAAGCACACGGGAGAGCAGCCGUUUCCGUGCCCGUACUGUGAGAAGACGUUUGCGACCGCCGGUAUGAUGAAGGCGCACGCCCUGGGCCACCUGAGUGAGCAACCUCGCCCGUGUCCCCACGGGGGGAGCUUCAGAACAGUGUAUGAUCCGAGUCAUCAGCUGGUGACAAGGCCCUUCCUGUGUGUGAAGUGUCUCAAGGCCUUCAGGACAGCAAGGAUUCUGCAUAACCACAAGGUCCACCACAUGGAGGACCGUGACCACACCUUUGAGGACUGCAACAAGACACCCCAUCACCUGAAGCUCCACUCAGAGGAUACGCCCUACGUCUAUCCCGACCGCGGCAAGGGAUUCCUCCAGCCCGACCGCCUCACCCUCCAUCGCCGUACCCACGUUACAGAGCCCAAGUCCAGGAAGACGCGCCACAAGUGUUCCAUGUCUCCGUGGUGAACGCCCGCAGGCACACCUCACUGUUCACCUUAAUGUUGAGCACGGCGUCGAACCGUCCACCCACCCCACCCCGGGGUCAAGGUCAAAGUUUAACUGUCAUCUGGAUUGGAGGCAAAGACUAGGACAGGCCAAACCGCCUUCGUUCAGCUGACCUGUGUCGGGUUAGUUUUACAGGUCUGAACCAACUGGAUAACCACAGCUGUGACACGGAGAAACGGAGUCAGAGACACAGACAGUUCCAGCAGAAAAGGAGGAUCACAAUGAAGAAGUCAGAGCAGAGUUUGGUGUUGAAAGAAGAAAACGUGUUCCCGUCUUAUAAACUACGUGUCAGUGUCUAGUAGUACACGUCAGACACCAGCUUGUGUCAGGGAGUGUUGUAGCAGGGAAAACAGGUAUAGGACCAGUUGUUAAACCACAGCUUGUGACCGGGCCGGGGAGUGCUGUAUCAUAGGACCAGUUGUUAGACUGCAGCUUGUCAGGGCCAGGGAGUGCUGUAGCAGCAAGAACAGGUCUAGGAACUGUUGUUAGAAUGCAGUGUGUCAGCAGGAAGAACAAGUCCCAGGUCUGUUUUUAUGAUUGUAGCCAACCAGGGAGUGGGACAGCCUCUGACCUUGUUCCAAGUACCUGUAGUGAGGUUCACAACUCCUGGUAGAGUCACAGCACCAUCUACAGGCCAAACAGUGAAACAACAUCCUCUGUGACUAGUUUACAUGGCUGUGGUAUCAUCCACAGCAACACCCAUAGCACCAGUAUAGUAUCCAAACCCAUAGUAACACUAGUAAAUCCCUGACAAGUCUCACCUGUAGCAGCUAAACACAUAGUAGCAGCACCAGUCACCUCAGCAAUGACAUCACAACUAUGACAUCACCAGUAACUCCCAGGUGAAGACCAAACAGAAGCAAAUGGUUUUUUGUUAAAUAAAUUAUAUAUAAAACAGGGACGAACCCUUUUAGUUGCAAAAUGUUUUUCUACAGCGUUUAACGAAUGAAUUCACCCAUAGCUACUCCUCCUCCAUGCUAACAGUUGGCUGAAGUAAACCCUGAUAUGAGUGUCAAUGAAAAGACCCAUUGAAACAUCUCUCUAAAACAAAGUUUACUUACAAAUACCCAAAAGCCAUUGACAGUAAGAAUGUACAGGGAUAAAUGCUAUUUGUAUGACCAUACAAACUGAUCAGAUAUACUUCAAGUUUCUUUCAUAAAGAACAGUCAUUCUAACAUGCAAACACAAAGCCUUGUACAGGAUGAAGAACUGAUUAUGUGAACACGUUUAGGAUUACAAAUGUGUUGGUUCACUAUUCUAACAUUUAAGCCUCGGAACAUUUGAUUAAACAGUUAAGACUAUAAAAGUUACAUGUUCAAUUUCUUGUUAGAUCUACAGCUUUGCCAUAAUCCACUGUGUCUGAUUUCCUCCACAAAACCAAUAAAUCUUCAAUUGUUUCAGCUGCAAUAUAUUUUAUAUAGUGUUUUUCUCAGAGAAGUAAAUUAAUCCUACAGACACUAUGAAAAUUCAACCUUGUUGGUUAACCAAUUAUGUAUAUAUAAAAUUCUGAAAUGUAAAAAAUAUAAAUCUAGAGUUUUCCUAGAACUGAAAUGAAUAGGUUCAGAAGUAAGAGUCCCAUCAGACUUCGGACAGUAAACUAGCUUAAACAACAGUAUAUGCAUACAGUAAAACCGUUUUUAAAACUUAAACAAUACAUGUGUACAGCAGUUAUGCUAACAGUUCAAAGAAUGAUAAGGCACUAACCGAAAAGGGACU